AUGAAGUUCUUUAUUGAUGACCUGCCUGUUCUAUUCCCAUACCCUCGCAUAUAUCCUGAACAAUAUGCGUACAUGUGCGAUCUCAAAAAGACGCUGGAUACCGGUGGGCACUGCGUUCUGGAGAUGCCGUCAGGCACUGGCAAAACUGUCUCACUUCUUUCCUUGAUUAUUGCAUACCAGCAGCAUAAACCCGAGCAACGAAAACUCAUAUAUUGCUCUCGAACAAUGUCCGAGAUCGAAAAGGCUUUGGCAGAGUUAAAAGCUCUUAUGAAAUAUCGUGCUCAGCAGCUGGGAUAUACUGAAGACUUUCGAGGUCUUGGUCUUACAAGUCGAAAGAAUUUAUGUCUUCAUCCCUCUGUGAAACGAGAGAAGAGCGGAACGAUUGUAGACGCUCGAUGCCGAAGCUUGACAGCAGGCUUUGUAAAAGAGAAGAAGGAAAGGGGAGAGGAUGUUGAGUUGUGUAUAUAUCAUGAGAAUCUUGAUCUGCUUGAACCAAGUAAUCUUGUCCCGCCUGGCGUUUUUACACUUGACGAUAUGAUUAAAUACGGAGAACAACAUAAGCAGUGCCCCUAUUUCUCCGUCCGUCGCAUGAUGCCGUUUUGUAACGUCAUUAUAUACUCCUAUCACUAUCUUCUCGACCCAAAGAUCGCCGAAAGAGUUUCGCAAGAGUUGUCAAAAGACAGCAUCGUUGUCUUCGAUGAAGCCCAUAAUAUUGACAACGUCUGUAUCGAAUCUCUGAGUAUUGAUUUGACAGAAGAUUCGUUACGAAAAGCUAGUCGUGGGGCAAACAACCUUGAACGUAGAAUUGAUGAAAUGAAGAGCUCGGAUGCAGAGAAGCUACAGAACGAAUACCAGAAGUUAGUUGAAGGCCUGAGGGAAGCUGAUGAAGCUCGUCAAGAAGAACAACUCAUGGCCAAUCCUGCACUACCCGACGACCUUCUGAAAGAAGCCGUUCCGGGAAAUAUUCGCAGAGCAGAACACUUUGUAGCUUUUCUAAAACGAUUUAUCGAGUAUUUAAAAACUCGAAUGAAAGUCACCCAUACCAUAUCCGAAACACCUCCCUCUUUUUUGGCUCACUUGAAGGAUUUGACCUUCAUUGAGAGAAAACCUCUACGAUUUUGUGCGGAACGUCUGACGUCUCUCGUCCGGACACUGGAACUUAUGAACCUUGAAGACUACCAGCCCCUCCAGCAGGUUGCUGCGUUUGCUACUCUGGCAGCUACAUAUGAGAAGGGCUUUCUUCUUAUCCUUGAACCCUUCGAAUCGGAUACAGCAACCGUUCCAAACCCUAUACUCCAUUUUACAUGUCUGGAUGCUGCCAUCGCCAUAAAGCCAGUUUUUGACAGGUUUAGCUCCGUCAUCAUCACUUCCGGAACACUUUCUCCCCUGGAAAUGUAUCCUAAGAUGCUUGGCUUCACAACCGUGCUACAAGAGUCGUACAGCAUGACGCUUGCUCGCCGGUCAUUUCUUCCAAUGAUCGUUACACGUGGAUCUGAUCAAGCACAGAUAUCCUCCUCAUUUCAAAUUCGGAAUGACCCAGGUGUAGUACGAAACUAUGGAAACUUGUUACUCGAAUUUUCUCGUAUAACGCCAGAUGGAAUUGUCGUCUUUUUCCCGUCCUAUCUCUAUAUGGAAUCUAUUAUCAGCAUGUGGCAAGGUAUGGGUAUAUUGGAUUCUAUAUGGAAUUACAAGUUAAUUUUAGUGGAAACUCCCGAUUCCCAGGAAUCUUCCCUUGCCCUCGAAACCUACCGAACUGCAUGCUGCAAUGGUCGAGGCGCAAUUCUACUUUGUGUGGCACGUGGUAAAGUUUCUGAAGGAAUCGAUUUUGAUCAUCACUAUGGUCGCACGGUAAUUUGUAUUGGAGUACCUUUCCAGUAUACCGAAUCUCGCAUCCUCAAAGCUCGAUUGGAAUUUUUACGUGAGAAUUACCGGAUUCGUGAAAACGAUUUUCUUUCCUUCGAUGCCAUGCGCCAUGCUGCGCAGUGUCUUGGACGGGUCCUUCGUGGCAAGGACGACUAUGGAGUCAUGGUGCUCGCGGAUCGCCGUUUUCAAAAGAAGCGUGCACAGCUCCCCAAAUGGAUAAGCCAGGCGAUGCUCGAAAGUGAGACGAAUUUGAGUACUGAUAUGGCGAUGGCAACAGCGAAGAGCUUCCUCAGGACUAUGGCACAGCCGUUCAAGUCAAAAGAUCAGGAAGGGAUUUCGACUUGGAGUAUAGCUGAUCUCGAGCGCCAUGUGAAGAAACAAAGGGAGGAGGAAAGCAAACGAUACAGUGAAGCGAUAGCCAAUAACCUGGAAGAGGUGACCAACGGAAAUCAAAAUCGUAAUGGAAGAGUAAUCGCGAUGGAUGAAUUCGACGAAAAUGUUGAUGAAGAACUUAUGAUGCUUGAUGCGUGA